GCCAACGUUCGAAACGCGUGAGCGUGCCACGAAAACGGCUGCACGCGUAUGCGUGACCGCGUUUCCCUGUGUAUGGGAAUGCGAGGGAGUUCUCGAAUGCGGUGUUUAGUCGGUCUUUAGUUUCGAGUAAGCGCCCGUCGAAGAUAGAGGACUCUCCUCGAUUUAUCCUAGCGGCGAGGUUCCUCUUCCGGCUUAACUCUUCGAGCCCCGGCCCUUGGUCCUCGACUAAAAGCCCACGGAUUUCACUCCGCCCUUGGCUCGAGACAGUUCUUUGCACCCUUUCGAUCCGAAUAGCUCCACCGGCAUCCUCGAUCUCCCACCUUCCAGUGAUCUUUACGUCUCCGAUCAUCGAACAGUCGAGAUUCGAAGCUCAACUUCUUUGUGAAAAGUCUGAAUCGGUGCUACGAGGACAAUUAUCGUGCUUGUUUAUAGUUAAAUUGAACAUUUCACGAAUCGACGUCACGAAGAUCCGAAUUCUGAAGGAUUCGAUGUGAUUCGAACAGAAGACCGUGUGCUACCGUUCUGUAGGAUGUGAAUUCGAUUUUAUUUUAUUGUGAUCCGAACGGUGUUUGGAUCGCCAAGAAUUUGGAUACUGACCAUGGAGUAUAAAGGAAAAAGUAUCGGGCGAUCGUGUUGAAGGAGCGAGCAACAGCGAAUUGUUUCCUGGAACCAAGGGUGGUUUCCCUCCAUUUUGGUUUCGUUGGCUAGCGAUGGACCGACACAGUGUACCAAGAAGAAGAAGAUCCUCUGUCGAGCUUCGUACUGAAUUAUCUAAGAAUGUAACCGCUCAGCAAUCGGAAGUAAUGAGGAGGCUACAGUCAAACUGGAUCUCCGAAAUCACAGGAUGCAUAGAUAAGCCCUACAUCUGCGGACGGGAAGCAGCUUGCCGUGAAUUCGAGAACAACACGUCCAAGUGUGUUUGUCCGCACGAUUCAUCCCUGCCGACAAAUGACUUGAAAUGCAAGCGUGUAACAGUUGACUUCGUUCCACAUCCUAUACCCGACAUAAUACCUCCAAGUGACAACUCUACCAAUGGUACGACGGCUUUUCCAGAGGCUGGACAGGUAGAGCGUUCGAAACAAAGGGUACCUGAAAUAAUAGGAAUUGCAAUAUCUUUCAUCGCGGUAUUAGUAAUUUUUUUCGGUAUAGUGUAUUGUAUUAGAAAGCGGAGCUAUAACUUGAAAUCACAAAGGAACUCCCUAGACGGGACGCCGAUGAAUUUGAAGAAGGGGUUGCUGUUAGCAAAUAAGUACACGCCUAAUCCACAGUAUUUCAAUUGCGCAUCGCCGGAGGUGCCAAUUCUGCAACGCGAAUCUCUCAUGUUUAUACAAGACAUUGGCGAAGGAUGCUUUGGAAAGGUGUAUAAAGGAGAAUUAUGUACCGGAGAGAUAAAAGAAAUAGUCGCGAUAAAGGUUUUGAAGGACUUUGCAUCCCGCGAAGUCGAGGACGACUUUAUGCGAGAAGUCGAUAUCAUGUCUACAUUUAGACACCGAAAUAUUUUGUCUCUGCAAGGAGUGGUGCUUCGCGACUCUAACAAUAGUCCAUGGAUGGUGUUUGAAUAUAUGCCUUAUGGUGAUCUCGCCGAAGUAUUGCGAUCGAAUUCCAAUUCGUUCAGAUCGUCGAAACCCGGAUUGCAACCUUUGACCCAGGAGUCCCUACAUUGGAUCACAAUUCAAAUCGCAGCCGGUAUGACAUAUCUAUCGGGUCAAAGGUUCGUCCAUCGAGAUCUGGCUUGCAGAAAUUGUCUCGUCGGUGCGGACAUGAUUGUUAAAAUUGCAGACUUUGGCAUGUCAAGAGAUGUAUACACGUGCGAUUAUUACAAGAUAGGAGGAUCUCGGCUCUUACCAGUCCGUUGGAUGUCGCCAGAAAGUGUGAUGUACGGACGAUUCACUUUGGAAAGUGACGUAUGGAGCUUCGGGGUAGUUCUAUGGGAAGUUUAUUCUUUCGGUAAACAGCCUUAUUACGGACAUAACAAUGAAGAAGUAGUGAAGCUAAUAUUCCAGGGUAUAAUGCUCAUUCCGCCAGAGGGUUGUCCACCGUUCAUCUGUCAGUUAAUGCGGGACUGUUGGAAAACAGAUCCAAAAGACAGAACCAAAUUCGCGGAGAUAUUAGAGAGGCUAGAAGAAGCUCAAGGUAAAUCGAUUCAACAAGGCAGCUUGCCAAGGCCACCGCAAGGACCCGUGACGAUUCGAACACCAGACGUCUUGGAUCCCGAUGGCUACUUGUUGCCAGCUCCGGCUAAACCACACGAAUAUUUACAAGCCUUGCCGAUUCUGUCCGAUUAGUGUAUUUAUUCAUUGCUACCUUUGAGUCAAAGUCACCAACAUUCGAAGCUCACAAUUUUCACUGCGGUUCGUCAUGCAAAACGAGCAACAAACUGAUUGCAACAAACAAGAGUUGAACGUCUUAUUUCUCAUCUAGAGAUUUGUCAACUCGAAAAUCGUCAACUCGAAUGUCACGAUAUGUCAACUCAACACAGCGUAUUCAAAUUCUUCUGAAACUGCUCGUUUUAUAUUUGGCACAUUAAUUUUUUGUAUAAAUGCAUGAAAUCCGCAGUGUAUUCGUAACUUUUUCUUGUAUGCGAUGACAUUUCUUCUCGACAAUCGAGAAAAGUCAACACACUCGUUAUUUUACGUUAAUAACUUGACAUUUUACGUGCACUGAAUGAAAGUGUAGAACUUUGAUUGAUAUUAAUUGAUGUUGUAUUGUAUGAUAUUUUUUAACUUUCACUUAAGAAGAAAGUGCCGAAAACAAUCGGAAUGCUGUUUUGUGAGGCUUCGAAUACUAUUAUCAUAUCUCUGACUUAUCAGUCUAUCAGCACGCAUAAAAGUAGGAUAGCCAUGAUGAACGUAUGACUUUUGUUUAGAAGGUGAAACCCAAUGAACUGUCUCGCGACUUCCAAUAAGACUGACGUCUUUAUAAAUGUAUCUCUCAAUUUUUAAUUUUUGUAUUAACAGCGCAAGAUAUUCAAUAGCGCAGAAUAUUUAAUAGCGCAAAAUGCGGACAAUUUGUGUGUAGAAUAACGCAUCAGAUCGACAGCGUUGAUAUCUGCUUUAUUAUUGCAGGAUACGCGUAUUUGUAGCAACAAAUGAAAAAUGAAGCUUCUCCAUUUUUUUCAUUGAUAUAAUACGAUACCACUCUUGUUGAUAACAAUUCUCAAACAAAAUCGAUAUUUUAAAAAUUAUAAUAUACUUAUAAUGGUAUCUCCUAAUCAGUACGGAUGCAAAAAUACUACGUUGUAACGAUAAGAUAUUAAUAAAAGCACGUCUGAUAUCAGGGAAAUUGUGAAAGUUCAACGCGACGAACUUUCAUUGUCCAGGAAAUAGUAUUAAUACUUUACGUUUGUUAAGAAUGUGUAACAUAUAUAUUGAAUAAUUUAUUAUUAAUUAAAUAAUAAUUAUUCUCGAAUAGCAAUUUGUAUAUACAUACACGAAAUACGAAAUAUUUUUGAAUAUACUCCACAGAUUUCGAACUUUAUAUAUAGCCCAUUGUAUUAAAUCAUGUGUUGUAAUUGUAUACUGUGAAGCGCAUACAUGUAUCGUUAAAAAUGUCACGUUUCUUUUAAA